AUGGAAAGGAAGUUAAAGCGCAUGAGCGUUGAUCGACACGGCGACGGCAUAUCUCUCGGGCUCUCGUCGCGAUUUCGAGGUUGCCUUGUGGAGCCGAUUUACCUUCAUUUGGCGGGUUUCGCUUGGAGUCAUGAGACUACGCUACAGAGAAACAUGGACAUGGGGACGUGCUCUAAAUCGGCAACAGGAAUACGCUCUAACUCGGAGCGGGAGCCACGAAAAACACGAAAAGAGGAGAUGCGGCCCUCUCCGGAGUUGGACGGAUGGCAAGCCAACGCGUCUUCCCGCAUAAUUUCCGGGUUAGCCAAGGUGAAAGACGUGUGCAAGCCUCGCCCUUUUCUCAGAGUUGGGACGAUUCUUCAUAGAAACGUCUCUCGCAUGUCGAUGCGGAGGCAAGAUUGUCCCGAGCGAGAAACGUGGGGAAAGACGUGUCCGCCUUUGAGGAAGUUUAGCCAAGUUAGCCAAUCACCGACUACUUUCGGUGCAUAUAUCACCGUGGAUAUACAUCGCCAGUGCGAGAAUGGAAUAAUUUUCCUCGAAUCCCUUCCCCCCAGUUUUAAGGGAACCACCUACGGAGUACUCCGUAAGGGUAGUUAA